UUUUAAGACUUUAAUGAUGGGUAGGGAGAUGAAAUGUGGGUUUCCCCGUAGCUAUUUCUACCACUGUCUUUAAACAACUUGAUAAAGGUUAGAAACUGCUUUCCAAAAUGUGCAUUUCACAACUGUUUUCUGAGAUAACUUCAAUUGUUAAGCGACACUGCUACAGUGCCUGAAGAAAGAAGAGUCACUUCCCCGCAAGAAGGUGAGAUCAUUGGGUUCAGACAACCCUUCAUUUCAGGCUCAGAUUCUCCCCUUGCACACUGGCUCCAACUGAAAAUGGCAACAUGUGUUUGGUACCAAAAACAGCAUUGGUCAAGUUGCACUAUGAUUGGGAUGAUAUCAGACUCCUAAAAGGAACUGGGUAUAUCUGAGACUCUGGACGAAGAAAUAUACGGGUAAAAGUGUUCCUUCAUAGAUGGGACGCAAUCGCGAUACAGGUAAGAGAGGCUAAGUGUGGAACCAGAGGCUGACCACGUCACUGACCACAUCAUUCGGGGCAGCCUACCAUCCAUUGUCCUUCUUCCCUGUCAUGCACCUGUAUGGGACGUAGAAAGGAAACCACGGGCGCCAAAUGGAGUCACUUCUGCUAGGCCGUGUCACCAAACUAGCGCAUAAUGCCGAAGUUCACUGCACUUUGGACUUCCCCAGAAAUUCCGUUUCCACUGCUCAGUCAGGAAUACACCGGUCAGCACCAAAAAGCGCUUAGGAGCUGCCCUCUGCGUGCUGGACGGGGUGCUCCCCAACCCACAAACCCAGGAAGGAAUAGCGCCGAAAGCCCCCUCAGAAUGCACCGUGUUGAAGUUUUAUGAUUUAACAGGAAGGUUUCUAAGUUCCUAACGAACUAUGAACUGACUAACGCGCUGAAGGAUGCAAGCAUGAAAGAGCAACAACAACUUUCCAGGUAGACAGACUCAUUUAUUUCAGAGGCGCCUCAAGGGAUGAUUUGUCAUUUACCUCAGCCACGGAAUUCGGGAGUAUCUAACGUAACGGUUUUCUCCUUUGGAAGAAGAUUGGCCUUCCUGGAGUCUUCUCCGCCUUAAACCAGAACCAAAUGCGGUCCGGUGCCUCUGAGGAGGGGCAGAACUUUCCGGAAUCCCUCAAGGUGAGACCUGACCGAAGCGCCGAACUCCAGGGUAGAAGACCCCUUUUCUGAGACCGCCCAAGUUCUGGGAGCCACAACACCCGGAAGACCAUCGGCCCUGACGACAGAGCAAGGGGCCAAUGAGAGAACAGGACGAGGCAUUUCUAGGCGUGCGCAUCCGCUAGUGCGGGACUUCCUGCCAAUUGCGGCGUUCGGCAUCUCUUUCCCGAUUGUUUACUUGGGAGGGUUCGGAAAGGAGCUUUGUGAAGGGUGAUUAGUGGAGAAGACGUGAGGGGAGGCUCUUCCCUCCAAGACAGACUGGGGGCCCGAGGCUCUGUGACCUCUCUCGAGUUGCCGCGUACCGGGGCCUAGACAAACACUGAUGGCCCGGGUGUCCGCUCCCCUCCCUCAGCUCCCGACUCCGCUUCGCCCACGGAGUCCGAUGGCGGCAGCCCCGCCCAGGGACUCGGCUGAGUGUGGUGUGACCUUUGAGGACGUGGCCGUGUACUUCUCCUGGAAGGAGUGGAGACUUCUUGAUGAGGCUCAGAGACGGCUGUACCACCAUGUGAUGCUGGAGAACUUUGCACUUGUAUCGUCACUGGGUUGCUGCUGUGGAGCAGAGGAUGAGGAGGCCCCCUUUGCACAGAGCGCUUCUGUAGGCGUUUCACGGACCUGGACGCCCAGGGCUGCUCUGUCUUCCCGGAAGACCCACCCCUGUGAGAUGUGUGGUCCCGUCUUGAGAGACAUUUUCCACUUGGCUGAGCUCCAGGGCAAAGAAAACAGCCAGAAACGGUUGGGGUGUGGGGCCUGCGGGAAACGAUUUUCUUUCAGUGUGAAGUUGGAGCAGCAGCAGCAGCAGCAGCAGGAGGAGCCCUUGGGAGCAAAACCAUUCAGAAGCCGUGUGGACAGGGCCUCUGCUGUCAAGAGCUCGGGAUCCGGUAGUUCGGGAAAGCCCUUUACUUGUGGAGAGGUUGAGAAGGACUUGCUCUCUGGCUCGGGGUAUCUGGGCCAAGAGGUCACUCAUACUGUGGAGAAGCCACACAGAAUCUCCCAGUGCAGGGCCACAUUACAAUGCGGAAGCAGUCGUGGCGCUUGGGGCGGAUGCGAGAACGCCUUUGGUCCCAAACACACGGAUACUCGGGAGCAGGGUGUCCACUUUGGUAGACAGUCCUUUGUGUGCAGUGAAUGUGGGAAAAUUUUCAGGUACAAAUCCUUAUUUGCCAUACACCAGAGAUACCAUACUAGAGCACGACAUCAUGAGUUUGGUCCAUGUGGAAAAUCCCUUGGGCAACAACCAACCCUGAAUGAACAUGGGAAUACUCAGGGUGGGUCCAGGCAGAACAUGUGCAGCAAAUGUGGGAAAUCCUUCAGUGGCAAAUCUGUCCCCCUUCAUAUCCAGAGAUGGCACAGUGGAGGAAAGAGUUAUGUUUGUAGCGAGUGUGCAGAAUCCCUUAGUGGGAGCUCAUUGUUGAUUAGUCAUAGGGUUCAGUCUGGAGAACGUUUAUAUAAGUGUCGUUGCUGUACAAAAUCUUUUCCGUCUAUGUCUGCCCUGUCAUAUCAUCAGAGAUCUCACACAGGGGAAAGACAGUAUGAGUGCAGUGAUUGUGGGAAAUGUUUUACCAGUAGUUCGGUCCUCCAUUACCACCAGAGACUUCACAUUGGAGAAAGGCCUUAUGAGUGCGGUGGCCAGUCCUUUCUCCAAAGAAAUAGCCUCAGUGUACACAUAAAGGUUCAUUCAGGUGAAAGGCCUUUCAAAUGUAAUGAAUGUGGGAAAUCUUUGAAGUGUAAGUCAGCAUUCAUUAAACACCAGAGAAUUCACACAGGAGAAAGGCCUUAUGAGUGCAGUGAAUGUGGCAAGUCCUUUCUACGAAGAAAUACUCUGAAUGUACACAUAAAGGUUCAUUCAGGGGAAAGACCUUAUAAUUGUAAUGAAUGUGGGAAAUCAUUUAAGUUUAAGUCAACAUUCAUUAAACACCAGAGAAUUCACACAGGAGAAAGGCCUUACGCUUGCAGUGAAUGUGGGAAAUCUUUUAUCUCUAGGACUGACCUACGGUAUCAUCAGAGAAUUCACACAGGAGAGAGACCUUAUCAGUGCACAGAAUGUGGCAAGUCCUUUGUCCGAAGAAAUAUCCUCAAAGUACACAGAAAGGUUCACUCAGGUGAAAGGCCUUAUAAGUGUAAUGAAUGUGGGAAAUCUUUGAAGUGUAAGGCAUCAUUGAUUAAACACCAGAGAAUUCACACAGGAGAGAGGCCUUAUGAGUGCAGUGAAUGUGGGAAAUCUUUCAUCACUAGUUCUGUGCUUCAUUCUCACCAGAGAGUUCACACUGGAGAAAGGCCUUAUGAAUGCAGUGACUGUGGGAAAACUUUUACCACUAGUUCUGUCCUCCGUGAUCACCAGAGACUUCAUACUGGAGAAAGGCCUUAUGAGUGCAGUGAAUGUGGGAAGACUUUUACCACAAGUUCUGCCCUCCAUUAUCACCACAGAGUCCACACUGGAGAAAGACCUUAUAAGUGCACUGAAUGUGGCAAGACCUUUGUCCGAAGAAAUAGCCUGAGCGUGCACCUAAAAGUGCACUCAGGUGAAAAGCCUUAUAAGUGUAAUGAAUGUGGGAAGUCAUUGAAGUGUAAGUCAACAUUCACUCAACACCAGAGAAUUCACACAGGAGAAAGGCCUUAUGAGUGCAGUGAAUGUGGGAAAUCUUUUUCAGCUACUUCUGUCCUUCGUUCUCACCAGAGAAUACACACAGGAGAAAGGCCUUAUGAGUGCAGUGAAUGUGGAAAAUCUUUUACCUCUAGUUCUGCCCUCCGUUCUCACCAAAGAGUGCACACUGGAGAAAAGCCUUAUGAGUGCCAUGAGUGUGGCAAGUUCUUUCUCCACAGAAAUAGCCUCAAUGUACACAUCAAGGUUCACUCAGGUGAAAGACCCUAUAAAUGUAAUGAAUGUGGGAAAUCUUUGAACUAUAAGUCAACGUUCAUUCAACACCAGAGAAUUCACACAGGAGAAAAACCUUACCUGUGCAGUGAAUGUGGGAAAUCUUUUAGUCAUAGCUGUGCCCUCCGGUAUCAUCGUCAGAGUCACCUUGGAAUAAGUCCCUAUGAUUGUAGUGAAUGUGGGAAAUCUUUUACCUGUAGUUCUGUCCUCCGUGAUCACCAGAGACUUCACACUGGAGAAAGGCCUUAUGAUUGCAGUCAGUGUGGGAAAUCUUUCACUGCUCGUUCUGUCCUCCGUUCUCACCAGAGAGUUCACUCUCGGGAAAGGCCUUAUGAGUGCAGUAAAUGUGGCAAGUCCUUUGUCAGAAGAAAUAGCCUCAAUGUACACAUAAGGGUUCACUCAGGUGAAAAGCCUUAUAAGUGUAGUGAAUGUGGGAAAUCUUGGAAGUGUAAGUCGACAUUCAUAAAACACCAGAGAAUUCAUAUAGGAGAAAAGUCUUUUGCUUGCAGCGAAUGUGGGAAAUCUUUUAUGAGUCAUGGUGCUCUUAGUCAUCAUCACAGAGUUCACACUAGCAACAGGCCUUAGGGAUGCUGUUGUGGGGAAUCUUUUUGCUAAAUCUUUAGCCUCCUUCAACCUGAGGAAAUACACAGGAAAUAGAGUCCUUAUGGGCAAUAUUAUGAACUGAAUGUUUAUGUUCACAAAAACUGGUAUGUUCAACCCCUAUCCUCUAAUGCAGUAGGUUUAGCAUGUGAUUUCUUGGGAGAUAAUUUAAAGAUAACGUUUCAUGAAAAUCUGAAUUAGCCCUGGAGCAAGUCUUCAUGAGUAGGUGAAUGACACAAUUCCUUUAGCUGGUUAUCUGUAUUCAUUCCACACUGGAGAGUUCACACUGCAGAAAGAGUUAAAAAUAGCAUAAAAUGUAACAUUUCCCUCUUUAGAAUAUUUACUCUGGAGAAGAACCUUUUUUUUUUUUUUUUAAAGAUUUUAUUUAUUCAUUUGACAGACAGAAAUCACAAGUAGGCAGGCAGA